CGUUUUUUACGUAAUGGACAGCUCCCCGGAUGCGGCUGUGAUUGACUAUACCAGGCAAAAAGAGAUCGAAAGCCAAGUGGCGGUGCUGCAGCCCCAGUGGUCGUAGGCAGGAUGCAGACCAUUAAGUGUGUGGUUGUGGGUGACGGGGCAGUGGGUAAAACCUGUCUACUCAUCUCUUACACCACCAAUGCCUUCCCGGAAGAGUACAUCCCCACAGUAUUCGACAACUACAGCGCUCAGAUGAGCGUGGAUGGCCGCACCGUCAGCCUCAAUUUGUGGGACACGGCAGGCCAAGAGGAGUACGACCGCCUGCGCACCCUCUCCUACCCCCAGACCAACGUCUUCAUCAUCUGCUUCUCCAUCGGCAGCCCAUCCUCCCACGCCAACGUCAGGCACAAGUGGCACCCCGAGGUGUCUCACCACUGCCCGAAUGUGCCCAUCCUGCUUGUGGGCACCAAGAAGGACCUGAGGGCCGAUGCAGAAACGGUGAAGAAGCUGAAGGAGCAGGGCCUGGCCCCAACCACCCAGCAGCAGGGUAACGCCCUCGCCAAGCAGAUCGGGGCUGUUAAAUACAUGGAGUGUUCAGCUCUGCAGCAGGAUGGAGUCAGGGAGGUGUUUGCCGACGCUGUGAGGGCAGUGUUGUACCCAGUAACGAAAAAGAACCCCAAGAAGUGCGUGCUGUUGUAAUAAAUGGUUCCCACUUUUGGACUGUGUCGAUAAAUGAUGGAGAUCCACAGAUGCAAAGGAAGGCUGAGGAACGAAGGGCAUCAUCUGGCUGCCUCCAUGCCCCUUCCAGCAGUUCAGACUUUGUUCAGCUACUCUGUUACUGCUCUCUUCCUUACUCAUCUCCUGGAGGACUUCUCUCCGUUGCCAUCAUCACCAAAGUGACUAUGCCAAAAUGAGGGCAACCGACUGAAUCUCCUCUAUUUUUCUUACAUUUUAACUUUUUAUAUUUACACUUUUUUCCCCCAAUUUUACAUCUGUUCUAGAUUUAUAGAUACUCUGCUUUGCUUUAUAAAAUGCUGAUAGUGGUUGUCACAAGCCAUAAUAACAUCCAAACCAACCAACCAAGCUACCCUGUUUGACUGGAGAGAAGAGAUCUGCCUUUGUUCAGGUGGAGAAAUAAUGACUACCUCAUAGUCUCACCUAGGUUGCAUCUCAUGAGUCUCAAGCGACGUCACCAUCCAAAUGCUUUGACUUGCCUAUUUAGAUGCAAUAAACAGACAAGCAGCAGGUGAACACGUUUUCAUUUCAAGCAGCUUGAGUCCAGAAAAGGUGCAAUGAUUCCUGGACAAAUGCCAGUACCCCUAAACCAAUACCCACAUAGUAGAGGUUAAACUGCUGAGCUGCAGUUCCCCUUGUGUUCAGUCUGGCAUGUUAGAGCUGUCUGGCAGGCUGCCCCUCCAGCCCCUCGCACUGCUCUGUCACUGUCACGCAUGGAAGAGCCAGUAGGCCUCUGAUGAUAAACCGGACCAUUAGAAGCAGCCAACCAUUUCCCCCCCCAACAGUAAUCGAGGAGCAGGUGUCAUAUGGCCUCUGCCAAAUUAAGCCACACCGGUACUGGAUUUAUUGGGCUUCCAUCAUCCGGAAGUCAGGUUGUAGUACAGCUCUCCUCUGUCUUCGUCUUAACUCUUAAUGCUCACACACAGUGCCAUUUAAAAACAUGCCUAAGAGUGACUUUUUGCCAGGGUGGUGUCAAAGAGACUUUAUUUUGUCUAAUUAUGUUUAAUUUACUCUGUAAAUGAUUUUUUUUCCCUCAAAUGUUUUUAACCUUUGAGUGUGGUAAUGGCCAAAGUGGAAUAUAUUUUUUUGUAAUGUUUAUUUCAUCAUUAAGAUUUUGUACUUAAUACUCCGAUUUGAUAAACCACAACUUCAUAAUUUUCAGUGAUUGCCUGACAUUUAAGGUCAGCAGACUAUUACCACUGCCUAAUUGAUUUAGUGUAACAUAUCAUUCCAGAAUAUCUCUUAACUGGCUUAUCCUAGGCUUUAUACUUCUUUACCUUUAUUGUCUCGAUUAGGUGAAUAUCAUUUCAUCUUGGAAUAAUCAGUGUCAUAGCUGCCUUGUUAACCAUGUAACAGCAGUGAAGUUACAGUAUGGAAGGAGCAUUUUAUUUGGUCAGGUGCCUUAUCUAAACCAAAGACCUUAGCAGUGCUCCCUAGUCAAACCCAAAGGUGGUCAUUACAGCGAUAACAAGUGCCACAAGACCUUUUUUAAAUACAGGUCCAACCAACCCUGGGUUUCAUUUAUGAAAACAUUCACAAGCUCUCUGACUUAGUUCCCAUCUACGGCACUCUUUGUAAGACACAGGUGCUAAACUGACAUCUUGUGCGGCAAGUCUUUGUGCACGUUUCUUUUUGAACAGAGCGCUCAUGACCCACAUCCCUUUAAAAGAUUGUGGUUUACAUCCCUGCAUUGCAUGGUGCAGUGAGGGCAAAGCACAAGCACAACUUGCACAUAUGGUUAGCAGGAGCUGUGCCGGUGGAACGUGCCUUGUCACAUCUGAGGAUUUUUAUACAUUUUACAAAAUAUUUGUUUUUAAGUAAAGAUUGGUUGCUCAUUUGUGCUUACAGCUGCCAGUAAUAAAAGCAGCCCUUUUAAAAAUAGUUAUUUUCAUUUACUCACUCGUGCGGGGUGUAUUAUAAGUCAACCUUAGAUCGUGGCCUGUGUAAAGUCCAGAAUAACCGAAGCGCAACACGAGCGGGAGGGUUUGUGUAAUAGCAGCGAUGCGGUUUGAGAUCUGCCUAAAGAUGUGUGAAAAUUUCCCAGAUCGGUGUGUGGAGGGUUGAAUGUAAGUGCACAAUAUGUCAAACUGUCAACUGUGGUGAGCGUGUUUUUUUUGCCAUGUCCUGAUUUCACUCAGAUAAUGCUGUUGAAGUGGAACAUACACCUGUGGGCUCUGUAUGUCUGUGUCCCGGAGCUGUAUGCUAUCGUGUGCGUGGUACUGCGCUUUUACACUGGGAACUUGAUUUGUAGAAAUCUGUUUGUAAUUGUUUUAUAUAUAACAAAAGCAUAUUUGUAUAAAUGAACUAACAGUGAGAUGAUUUUAAAUUAUGCCAAAUAAAAUGGUGGUUAAAACCA